AUGACUCUUAAACAAUCUGCAGACGCCGCAGAAAGAGCGAGACGUGAGCGCGAGCGCGAGAUGCGUGAACGUCAAAAAGAAAGACUUGAAGAAGAAAAACAACGCAAAAAAGAAAUCGCGGAAAGAACAAAAUUAGAACAAGAAAUAUUGAAAGAAAAGCGUGAAAAACAGAAAGAAAUAUCAAAAGAUAGAGCUCGUGAAGAAAAGGAAAAGGAAAAAGAAAGAAAACGCCAAGAAAGAGAGGAAGAGCAAAAGAAACGUGCAGAAGAAUUGGAAAAAAUCAAAGCUACCAUUCCAGUUGAAGAGUUAGAGCUCCUCUAUCCUCAGAAACAACCAAAGAUUCGUGAAGCUCCACCAGAAAGAUUCUUAUGUCCAAAUCCUGGCGUUCAACUUGUACCUAAGAAGGCUCGCCGUACAGAUGCAUCAUUUAAAUUUGAAGAUUUCGUUGAAUUCGUUAAGCCACUUCGUACAUAUGUGGGAAAUACGGUUUUCAAUGGUUUUCUUACAGCUGUUGGUGUUUGUGUCUUCAUAUUCUUCGUUAUUCUGAUGGAAUGCUAA